CACAAGUUGUAAACAAGGAAACUCUUGCUUCUCAUCUCAUUUAUUUAUUUAUUUAUUUACAAUUUGAGCAUACAUACAUAUCAAGGAGAGUAAACUACACGUAUCGUUAAGAGUGUCAUGCCGAGGUGUCCAUGAGGAGAUGGAAAUGUACAGUUGGCGAAAAGACUCUGAUGACGAAUCAUUUGAUUAAUGUUCGUAAGACAUUUACAGGCAGUAAUGACGUACUGGAUUUAUAGUUAAUUGUUUUGCAGGGCAUGAAGCUGUAUGACCCCUGUGGGGUUUAGCGCUCAGGAUUGACUAAUGAUACAGUACAUAAAACAAGCCACAUCUCCGGUAAUAUUUACCACAUAAAAAUCAAAUUAUGGCCAUUAUCAAUGGACAUGUUCCAUUUGUUUUGAGGCGCCUUUUAAGGUACUGCAAUGCACCAAUCUUGUCAAGAAAAUUACAUUGGUCGUCUCAUUGUCAAAAGGAUGAUGAGAAAACAAUAACCAGCACAACAGUUUUUGUCCAGGAUGGUACAAACAUUGAAGAGUUGCCAGCCGUUGUUCAGAUUAUCAAUGGAGAAUUUACACUCUUUACCAAUGGAAAAACUCAGGUUGGCAAGAGGUUGGAGGGACCCAGCCUGGAAAUACCACAGGUUUCCAGGAAUUUGUUCAAAAAUAUCAAUUUUGAAGAACAAGAAGAAAUGAUCCUUGGUUUUAUGAGAUGCUCGAAGCUAGGAGAUAUAUUUAAAUUACUUGAAAUCUGUCCUGAAACUGAGGUAACACCACUAGUUGCUUUGGCUGUAAUUAAGAGAAUAUUUGAAUUAGAAAAUAAUAUAGAGUAUCGGAAUCAUGGAAUGAACUUGUUUCCCGAAGAGUCCCCGUUUACUUUCACCCGAGGAGCGGUGAUGAAACGACUUGUUGAAAUUGUGUGUGGCAGCUCAGAUCCUCAAAUUUUAAUUGACACUUUGAGAGUCAUGGGCCGGGAUACCUAUCAAGGUGACAAACUCAAGUACCUGGAAGCUCUCUGUACAGAAUGCAUUGUCUUGAUAACAGAAGGUAAAAUGAAAAUUAACCAGGUAUGUGAGGCUACAAAGGCAUUUUACAACUUGGGCAAUAUUGGUUUUAGAUACGUGGAGCAAAUUUGGGUUGGAAUAACGGAAAAAACAGAGGAAAUUCAGGAAAAGGAAAUUAGUAACAUCAUGAGUGUUCUUCCACUAGUUACAAAGAGCCGUAAACACCUCUAUAAUGUUGCUGAGCGAAGAAUGGGCAGUCUAUGGUAUAAACUUAAACCAGAAGAUGUCAUAAGAAUAUUGCACAUCCUUGUACAGCUUAAGGUGACAAAUAGUCGAAUGCUACCUAUGCUUUCAAGAUGGACUAAUUUAAAUAUCCAUACUCUCACAGAAGGUAACCUUCGCUGGAUUGUUUACUCUUUCACGAGCUUAAAUUACACAAAUCCAGAUAUUAUAAAAGCACUCUCGCGAUUUAUGAAGGCUAAAAAAGUUAAUAUCAGUGAUCAAAGUUUACUGGGUGUCAUCAUGGAUUAUUGUGUCAAGAUGCGCAUAAGAUCCCCUGAUAUAAUGAAUAAUGCUGGGGAAUACUUUAUAAAGAACUCGCAAAAGCUGACUGUGCAACAGAUUAAUAGCCUUGGCCGGUCAUAUGGAUUGCUAAACUACGAGCCUCCAAAUGCUUCAGCAUUUUUCCUUGCCCUUGAAAUGCAGCUAUAUGAAAAAUUUGUGCAGUUUCCACCAGAUAUAAUGAUUGAUUUACUUCUUUCAUGUGUAUACUUAAAAAGAUACCCUCUUAAUUUUGUGAAAAAAAUUUUCAACCCAUAUUUUUUUGACAAAAUACACUCAUUAGAUUCAUCUGACAUGAGGCUCGCUCGCACGAAGUUGAAAGUGCUUGAUAAAGCUCUCUGUCUAGAAGCUCCAAAUUAUAAUGGACCAAUGCUUCCAAGGGAUCAUUCAGCUAAAAGCUUUUGGCAUGAUGCAAGGAUAAAGAGGUGUGUAAAUAUGAUUCAUGUUCCCUUGGUUGAAAUAGUUGGAACAGAAGAACGCAUAACACCAUAUGCUGUACUGCCAAAUUUCCCUGGUACAAAGUUGUACAUUAUAGAUUGUAUUAUUGACAUGUCAGGAAAACUCUCUCUCCGGUCUUUCAAAUGGAGUAAUAAUAAAUAUGCCCUUUUGAUUCAUCCUCCUGAACACUAUAUUUUAAAUGAAGAAAUAUUGGUUGGGCCACAGGCUAUGCGCAGACGGCAUCUAGCCUUGUGCGGCUUUAAGGUUGUAAGCCUUAGCUACCAAAAAAUUAUUAAACUUUGCAUGUAUCCAGAAUUGCUGAAAGAUUACAUUGAAGCAACAAUGAAAGAGGCUACAUUAUAGGUAACCUAUUACAGAAAAGUGUACAGGCUAGAACAUUACAUUGUACAGUAUUAACAAAAAAAUCUUUUUAUUUACAAUAAGCUCUAAAAAUGUUAAAUUCUUUAAUGAGUCCAGUUUAAUGCUACUCUUACUCAUUUACUUCUUGUCAAGGGAGGUUCCUUGAUGCUGAUGAGGGGCUCUUGAUGCAAGGAAUUGGACCUGUCCUCCUCUUCCUUGGAUUGAGCCUGAUUACUUCCUAUUUUCCCAGGAGCUGUACAACUCCUAUGGGUUUAGUGCUUCCACCUAAAUAUAAUUAUAUAAUACUGUCCACAUUCAUAAAUCAGUUGAGAUUUAUUUUA